AUGCAUCAACUUGUACAACAAGAUGAAAAAAAAACUCCAUUUUAUCAAACAUCAGCAGCCGACAAGUUCAAGGUCAACUUCAACACUAAGAAAAUCCAAAAAAUCGGGCAAGAGAGAGAUGAUAACUACCUAUGUGUGACGUCACUUUAA